CAUAAUGAUUGUGGUAAUAAUCUUAGCUUGCACGAGUGUUAAUAGUUUUUAUUUUACGAAUAAAUAACGACACAAAUAGAUAAUAUUUUACAUUCGAUGUUUUAUUGUAAUAAUACGUGUCCGCAGUGUGUGCAUUGCGAUUGUUCCGAAUAAUGCAAUGCGACCGAGUUCAAGUGGACGGACGAGUAAUAAAAAACACGUGCCGUCCCGAUACUGCCGUUCCGUUGGCGUUCUGUGUUCGUAAAAAAAAAAUUACAGGUUUUGUGAACAAUGGAAAACCUCGUAAUUACACGACACGAAAAAAACAGUGAUAAUAUUCGAAUAUUUCAUUGUUGCAUUUCACGACGAGCUUUGACGAAUACGUGACAAUACAUUAACCGAUGGCUAGGCGGGCUGGACGAACACCUCUAUAAUGGGAUAUUAUUACGGUGCCCGUUGGACGGAUAAUUCGGCGACACUCUGUCGGUCGAACGUUUACGACGAACCGGUACUGUCGCGCAUGCACCGCGGCAUCGCGCGAAUCGCGCGGUUUCGAAAUAGAACCGUACGGCUAAAAAGAUAAACGGAUAGGUUUUUUCUCUCUCUUUAACUGCGCGUAAUAUUAUUGUAGACCGAUUCAAAACAAAAAAAAAAAAAAAAAAAAAAAAAAAAAAUAAAUAAAUAAAAUAAUAAUAUCAAUUCCGAAACACGCGUCCUACCGGUAACAGCCCUAUUCAGAAUAACCGACGGUGCGAUCGAGACUGACGCGACGCGCAAUGUUGAGAACCAGCGGCGGUCGGACAACGUCGUUGUAAUCGAGUGGUUAGUUGCCGUUCGGCUGUAGUAGCAGAUAGUGGAAACAAAUCUCUGCCGCUAUCUCGAGAACAGGCGCGCGUACGUGCGACCGACUUGGCAGCGAACGCGCACACGGGCCGACGCCACCAUGGUCGGCAAACGCGUAACUUCGGCGUACAAAAACGACGGCUUCGAUAACACCGACACAAUGGAUUGGAAUCACGCGACGCUGAAACAUUGGCUGUCGAAGGUGCUGACCGACCACGAGGCGUACGGCGCGGCCGCCGGCCGGCCGGCCACGUUCGAGCCGGACAAAGACCACAGGAACGCGUCGCGGCUUCGAAAAAUCAACCGGCUGUCGUCGGAGGUGAUCACGGGCCAACUGACGGUAGCCGGCCACCGGCGUACGGCCGUCUGGCUGAUGGUCAAGCUCAAGCCGCCGCUGGCGCAAAUGCGCACGUUGCUCAAGGUGGACCGGCAGUUCCACAACGAAAUACACGCGUACCAGAACGUCAUACCGCUGCUGCUGGAGAAUCUGCCCGAAGGGGCCCGGCCCCCUGCUCUGCCCAGGUUCGUAUACGGCCAGAACGAGUGCGGCAGUCACUGGUCCGAGGACGUUAUCGUAUUGGAAGACCCGCGCUCCUGGGGUUACAAGCCGGCGGUCCGGACGUCGCCUGAACUCAAUGCCAACUUCAUGGACUACGACCAUCUGGCCGUGGCCAUAUCCGCGCUGGGCCGGUUCCACGGUCUGUCGUUCACCGUCAAGCAGAAGAACCCCAAGGCGUUCCGCAAGCUGGUGGGCAACCUACGCGAAAUCCAGUGGGACGAGGACGGCUGGUUGAUUAAGAACAACGGGCUCAAGUCGUUGGGCAUGCGGGGCGCCCGGCCGCUCAUGGAAGAGGAACAGUACCAGGGCGGCAAGCUCAAGGGCUUCUUAACCAUGAUCCGGGAGGCGGACCGCAACCUCAAGCUGGCCAUGACCCCCAACGAGCCGUUCGCCGUCAUAUGCCACGGUGACUUUUGCAAGAACAACUUGCUGUUCGCGUACGACGAACAGUCCGGCAAACCGCAAGACGCCAUAAUCACCGAAUUCACCGCCAUCAGGUAAAUACUACGGUUAUCGUUUUCGCUCCGUAGGCCGGUCAUCGAUACAUUCACGGUAUUGUCAGCCGUCCGGUUGCUCUGCGGCACGGCGGCCGACCGACCGCAUUAACAAAGUUAAAUCGCGGCCGCGCGGUAUCGAAGGCUGUUGAAAUCUCCCGCGGAAUUUUCGGAAUCGCGUCGCGGCCGGUUUAUUACCGGGGCGACCCGAGUCCCCCGUCACCUCUGCCCGCCCCGUCGUCACUUCGGUUCCGCCGUUGGCUUCGGCGCGGUGCAACGCGUCCGCGAUCGCGACAACGGCUGCCGAACGUCGCGCGACCGACAGCGCGUAUGUACGCGUUGUUAUUGCGCAUUGGAAAUCUCGCGUUCCCAGCGGUUUCUCUUCGGUACGGGCCCGCGGCACCGUCGUCGGACGCGCCGCGGCUGUUACCCGGUCCGCUCGGAUGUCACGCGAACGGCGGCGUGCCCGCGCCGCGCUAUUCGAACGCCGACGACGGUUAAGCGACGCGCCCGGGGUACCCGACCGCUGCCGCCGGUCGCAGCCGAAAACAGCAAACGGCAAUUCUCCCCGCGGGCGGACGAUAAGCCACAUUUUAAUGCGGUGCCGACCGGAGUUACGCAACGCGUCGGCAAUCCCGAAAAUGUCACACAAUCCGCACCCGGCUGCGAGACUAUUUCGGAAACCGUUUCGAUAUCGCGCAACGUCAUUGCGCGCCGGCUCGGAACGCUCGCGUCGGCCCGAUAAAAUUAUCCGUUCCGACACUGUUACACAAUAAUUUGAGUCGUUUAACCGCACGUUUGAUUAGGCGUCACUCUCGCGCGCACCGAAAUAUUCAAUUUCGUUUUUUUUCUACCCUCCCCCCCGCAUCUCUGUUUCAUUACAGUGUUGCCGAAACUUAUUUAUAUGGUAAUAUAUAGUGUAUAUCACGGGAUACGGCGCGGAGCGGGCACAGCAAUGCGCGUAUAAUAUUAUAUAGAUUGAAAGGACCUUUUUUAUUUUGUUUUCUUUUUUUCCCGACGGGAUAAGCUUAUGGAAAUUUACAUACGGGCGUUUCAAAAAAAUAACAACGACAACAGUAGAAAAAAGAAAGAAAACAUUUUAAGCCGACGCGAAUCGUAUUUCAUGAAAUAUAAUAUUAUUUAAUCCACUCGGCUGCGUUCCGUUCCGGUACACAACGAAAAACCGAACUUGUAAUAUAUCUAAUUUGUAAACAACAUCGGUCCGAUUUUUCAUUUUUUUUUUCUGUCGCGGUUUUAAUUACCCACGCGUUUUACGACAAAAAAAAAAAAAAAAAAUCGCCGCACCUAACAAUGCGUCGAAACAACUAUGCCUACGCGUCGCGUAACAGAUAAUGUCGAUCGUGUUUUUUUUGAACGAAUUGAAUAAUAAUACGAUAAUUGUACGUAUACAUACGCAACACGAUAGGGCAGCCCACGGAACGAUGAUAACACGUCGAAACGUGUAGUGUUUAUUGAAAUCAAUCGUAUUGUUUACCGGGCAAGCCAAUAACAUUUAUGACGUUAACUCGUCGGUUUAAUAAUUCAACCUAACGAGUUAUUGACGCGUCGAAAGUUAACCGUUUUAUUAAUCGACCGGGUCGAGUGAAAAGUCGAUUCGAAAAUGUAAUUCACUCGUUGUACCCAGCUAGUGUUUGAGUCAAGUCAUAACUUUUAUUUAUGUUAUUGAACUGUUACUGCAGUCGCGGCGAAACUGACAACUGACUGAACAUAGGUUUAUCGUUUUUCUUUUUUUUUCUUUUUCUUUAGUGUGUCAUAUUAUGCACACAUGGAUCGGAGGGAAAGUUAUUCCGGGAAUAUCAAAUUAUAGAGUUUUAAAAUAAAGAAAAAAAAAAAACACGUAUUAUUAUACGUGUUUUUUAUUUUUACUACGAUGAUGCUAUAUCUAUUCCGACAAAACGCAAUGUACGGAUGGUAAAUUCGGGAAUCGCGAAAAACGAGUUAAGUUACAAUAAUGCUACAGGUUAAAAUUAACUUAAUUUUUCCAAAUCGUAAAUUUCUUGGGGCCUAGAUUCGUCAUUCCGAAUUCUCGAAGCCUUGAUCAAUGUAUGCAAUUUAUUCAUAAUUGAUGGUUUGAAUUGAAAAUUUACCCAAUUGUCCUAUAUAGUAUAUGUAUUUAUUUGAUUGUCAUCAUUGGUUACUUAUGCUAGCACUAGCCGACCCGGCAAUGGUUUGUAUGUUGCUGGAUAAUAUUGUAAAUAGCAGAUAACAGUAAUAAUAGUAGUUUUCUUGUCCGUGACAACACAAUUGUCAUCCAUGUCGUCAAGGUCCUCCGCGAACAAACAAAAAUAAAUAAACAAAAAAUUAGAUAUUCGUGCUAAGAAUGCCUAAAAUCUAUUUUGCCCCCGCAGGGGUCGAAUUUUCAAAAAUUCAUUCUUAACGAAUGACUACGUCUCAAUAGCUCCGAGUACGCCAAAUGUUGGCCCAGUCCAGUGGUUUGAGCUAGGCGAUGAAAAAUCAGUCUGCAGUGAGUCAGGACAUGUAAUUGUAUAGACGAUUGCGAUUGCGACCACGCGGUCAGUGGUGAAUAUUGAGAACGAACGGUUUGACGGGAACGCUGAAUAAAACACGGAAUGAUAGUUAUGAGUAGGUAGCCGCAUAUUAUUAGUGAAUAGUACACAAAGUGUCUGUUAAGUAUUUUGUUUACGUCAAUUAUUAAAAAAACCAGUGUCUAUUGUGUUUACUACAUCGCGUUAGGAUUUUCUCUAUUUACGCGUGUUUACCCAGACGAUUGUGUGUACGUUAUGCGAAUUCGCGUACAAAAAGCCACGCCCGUCGGAAAUCUUUUCGGCGCAACACUCUGUCGGUUCUCACAGCUGAUAUUUUAUUACGUUUUACAACGCAUAACGCGUACGGUGUAUCGCAAAGAAUUUGACAAAAACGUUUAUCGGCACCGCCCUUCGAAUUUGUCCACCGCCGCCGCCCCCCCCCCCCCCCGUCUAAUAACAAUAAUUCCUUUUGAUAUUUUUUUUCCCCCUCGCGUGCACAACGUAUCAUAUUGUGUAUUUUACCCGAACAUCAUAAACACAUGUUUCGUGCCAAGGUACGUACCCUUUGGACGCGCGAAGAAAAGAUAAGGAGACAUCGGGAGUCGCCGCGGUGUUCAAUAUUAUUGUAGUUCAACGGCGUUUAACCGAUAAAUCAAUUUUUUUUUUCGCAGUAUGAAUUGGGCGCUAGCCGCGUAAUACCGUGCCAAAAAAAAAAAAAAAAACAUUAUUUUUCGCACAAACACGCACAACAGUACGAUAUUCACACCCCGAACAGUGUGCAUUUUUUUUUUCGUCGCAACGCUAUGAAUCAUAGGUUUUAUUGUGUUAUUUUUUUCUUUUUAAAGCUAUAGAGAGAUAUAUUCUAAUAAUAUUCCUUAGGUUAUUUUCUUUUUUUUGUAUCGAUAAAAAGAACAUAAUAUUCUUCUUCGCGACGGGGUUUUCGGUUUUUUUUUUUUUUUAAAUUUUCGAUAUCUUUAGAUAAAACUUUUAUCGUUAACAUAUCGCAGCAAACAUUCGAAUUUCCUAAAUCAUAUAAUACAAUAUAAAAGAACAAUAUACUUACCAUGUAUGCACACGGUUUUUAUUUAACUUUUAAAAACUUUACACGUUAUAAUAUACUCGUAUAUAAUGCUUAGAAUUUAAACUAAAAAAAAAAAAAAAAAUGUCUAUAUAGACACAGGCUUUACGGUCUUAAAUAAAUGCAUACUUAGACCAAACUGUAUACGAUUUAAUAAUAUUUAAAUAAUUCUAUCCGAAUGUAUAGGUAAUAAUACGUUAUUCAAAUAAACACUGAUCUAGAACAAAAAUGAUGACCUAAUAACCAGUCGAACAACUGUAGAUACAGGGUAAAAUUAUUAUUUUUAAUCUUUUUUUUCCGAUAUUGGAAUAAAAAUUAAAAUAAUGGCACGUGUUAUUCAAUGAUUGUUCAACAAAGGCACUCGUAACAGUGGGUGGUGGGGUGGGGUGGUAAAGGGGCCAGGACAAAUCAAUUCGGACACCCUGAACGGCCCAAAUAUUCGUUUUCACUUACGGUAGAAAACACAAAGUGAUAAUAUUUAUAAUGAAAUAUUUUACAUGCCGAAUAUUAUGUUACUGUCGCUAAAAUAAAAAAAAAUCGGUCUAGUGUGUUCUGUAAAAGGUAAACAAAUUAAGUUAAUCGAGUGUGUUGACUACGAUAUAAAAAACUAAAAAAAACUACCACAGUAAUCAUGAUUAUAAUAAUUAUUACGAUCACUUUUUAUGACACAAAAAAAAUAAAGGGUUAGGUAUAUUGUUUUUUUAUGGACCUACGCGUAUUAUACGAUCGUCGUCAUGUCGGUCAAUUGAUGUUGAUUUUUAUGUUUAUUGCGAACAGACGCGAGCAUCAAAAAUAACGAUUUUUUCGGGAGGCAAUUUUAUCAACACAAAAAUCCAAUUACCGUUUUAAUUCAUUGUUCUAAACGAUCCGUAUUAAAUAAUGGCCAUCAUAAUGAAAAUCGUAAAAACUAUGCUUGAAAAAUAAAUGGCGGAACAAAAUAAUAGUCAUUUUCCCUAUAAAAUAUAAUAUAAUCCCGAUACGAUCCCGGGACCGUGAUUUUUUUCAUCUCACUGUCCGAAAUAGGAAAUUAUUAAUUAUGUUAUUUUAUAUGAUAUAAUAUAAUAUAAAUUGUAUACCUAAGUGCUAAAUAAUAUACAUAGUGUAUAUCUGUCGAAUUUCCCCCCGAAAUAGAGACUAUUACCACUGUAGAUGUGUCUGUUACGUGUUGAAUUGUAAACGUAACAUAUGUGGAGACAUCCACUGGACUCAAAACAGUUUAAAUUUGUAUAUCCACGUGUUUUUUUUUACAAACUAAUUGAAGCGAUAACAUUUUGGUUGAAUUGCAUGGUUCAAAUUGAUUUAACCAUGACGAUAGGAGGAAUGGGGUGUUUUCUUUUACUUCGUAUAAUUUUAAAAUAAGAUUUUUUUUAAAAAAAAACUACAUUGCCCUCAAACGUUUUUGGCCACUAAAUACGAUUUAUAAUGAACCUCUUGUCAAAUUUUCAAGCAUUUCUAUUUAGUCUAUAACAAUUUUAUCUCCAGAGUAACUGUUAAAUACAAAUUAGGAACGUAAAAAACUAAAAUCUCUAUAAAUAGCUCAAAAAUGGCUGAAAAGUUUUAAAAAUUUUAUCACGUCUAGAAAAAUAAAAUACAAGUUUUCUGUCAAAUUUUCGAAUCUCCAUGAAUAUUUGUAAUUUAAUUGCAUUACAUAAACAGAAUUUAAAUAAUAAAAUAAUUAUUUUCGUCAAUAUUCCCGUACUUUUUAUGCAUUUUUCGGUUUUGCUGAAUGAUUAAAAAAAACUACAAAGAAAAUCAAAAAACAACUUUCUUUAUCAAUGUUGUUAUGUAUUAAAAAAAAAAAAAAAAAAAAUAGAAUCAAUCACUUUUCAUUUUUCGAUUGAAGCAGUAUUUCUGGUAGAAAAUAAAAUUUGUAAAAAUUAAUGCAAUAAAUAAAGUCGCGGCGCACCGUGAAUAUUUACCGUUUUACCUAUAAUUUUCCAAAUUAUUUCGAAAACUCCUCGGAAAAUCUUGGAUAAAUGAUCUCUUUAAUACACCAAUUGGACGGAAUUCCCUUUCAGAAAGAAUACCGUGUUCGGUAUUCUGUACAUCGCAGCAAGAUUUCUUAACGAAAAGUCGUUUACACGCAAAAGAAGAAAAGAAAAGAAAAGAAAGAAAUGUGCACACGUUGCAAAACCAACAGAUCCCCCGCUGCGUUCCGAAUCUAAAACUGGUUAUUGAUAAGAGUAUAAAUGUUUUUUUUUUUUUCUUUCUAAAAUACAGGUACGGUUCCCCGGGACUAGACUUAUCGUACUUCCUGUACAAGUGUGCGGACCAAGACGUGCAGAACGACCGGUGGGAAGAGCUGCUGACAGUGUACUUGGAGUCGGUGUCUGUCGUGUUGCCGGUCGACGUGAAAGCUCCUACCAUGGAUCAGUUGCACCACGAGCUCAAGUUCCACGCGCUGUACGGUUAUGCGCACCUGCUGUUCGCCGUGCCGAACAUGAUCAACGAGUACCCGCUAGACCGGACGCUGCUCGAAGACGACAAGGCGACGUUUGAGGACCAGCUGGUCGCCCGGCUGGACUCGUCCGACGACAAGAUCACCCAGAUCCUGUCCGCAACGGUCCGGCACAUCAUCGAUCACGGAUACGCCCCGCUAAACAUUCGCAGUACCGUAUCACAGCAGUUAUAAACGUUAUAAUUCAGUAUGUAGUCAUUUAAUUGUUUAUGUCAUUCAGCACUGUUUUUUUUUUUUUUUUACUAUGAGGUCAUAUGUUAACUCGUUGACAUAUUUUUGUUAUUAUUAUUAUUAUUAUAUAUAUCGUUAUAAAAUGUUAAUCCCAUCCGGUAUAAAAAAAAAAAAAAAAAAAAACAAAAAAUUAAUACAAGGAUACUAUGAUAUUAUUAAGUUUUAGCUUAAACAAUUGAAGUUUUAACUGGUUAUUGGUAUUGUUUUACCUAUAAAAUAAAUUAAACGUUUGUUUUUGAAUUAUUGUACUACGUUAAUGUUUCCGAUAAACGCAUCCAGUGACGGCCUGGCACACCAAAGGCACCUAGAGCAUUUGUUUUAAGGUGCUCCAUAAAUGAAAAACACAAAGACCAUUGAAACGGUACGAUAUUGGACCGGAGUAGGUGCCAUCCAUCGG